CAGGCGAGAGACGGUCGAAACGCUAAAGGAAGGGGACCGCCCCUGUAGCCUAUUAGUCCUCGAAAAGGCACCUCCCCGCCAGCCACUUUCUGUAGCCGACUCUGCGGAGCACUUUCCGAUCUGAAGUACACCUAACUUUCUGCAGAGCCCUUUCAGCCCUGAUUCGUCUUCAAACUAAAAUUAUCGGUCAUUUGGGAUAAAAUGACUCUGCGAGUUGUAAUGGAAGGUCCCGGGCCAUGGGGGUUCCGGCUGGUUGGUGGGAAGGACUUUGAACAACCUUUGACCAUAUCACGGGUCACGCUCGGCAGCAAAGCAGCCCAGGCCAAUCUGUGCACGGGGGACAUGAUCCUGGCCAUCGACGGGGAGCCCACGGAGGGCAUGACUCACCUGGAGGCUCAGAACAAGAUCAAGAGCUGCACGGACGAAAUGGUCCUGUCCGUCGACAGGUCCGAGUCCAAGAUGUGGUCCCCGCUGUCGUCAGAAGGGGGGAAAACAAAUCCAUAUAAGAUGAACCUGGCGUCCCAACCUCAGGAGGUGAAGCCCAUUGGCGCGGCGCACAACCGCAGCGCCCUGCCCUUCGCCACCGCCGGCUCCUCCCCCAAAGUGGUCACCAACCGCUACAACAGCCCCAGCGGCCUGUACUCCUCCGAGAACAUCCAGACCUUCCACAGCGCCGUGGACGACGCCAAGGCCAGCGCCGCCAACCCCCCGGAGCCCAGCAAAAAUGGUGCGGACCCUGCCCCUGCCAUGCCUGUGGUAGUCGCCGACUCUGAGGUCUAUAAGAUGCUGCAGGAGAAUCAGGAGUCCGAUGAGCCACCACGACAGUCCGCUUCCUUUAAAGUGCUGCAGGAGAUCCUGGAGUCAGGAGACGCAGACAAGCCCUCGGGCUUCCGCAGCGUCAAGGCGCCCACCAACAAGAUGGGAGCGUCCGUGGGGAACGCGGACAAACUGCCCGUCUGCGACAAGUGCGGCUCUGGCAUCGUGGGCAUGCUGGUCAAACUGAGGGACAAGUUCCGGCACCCGGACUGCUACGUGUGCGCGGACUGCGACGUCAACCUCAAACAGAAGGGACACUUUUUCGUGGAGGACCAGAUCUACUGCGAGAAGCACGCCAGGGAGCGGGUGACGCCGCCCGAGGGCUACGACGUGGUCACCGUGUUCCCUAAAUAGACCGCUCCCUCGCUCCCUCGCUCGCCCGCGCCCGCGCACGCACACGCCGCCCGCCCCCCCCCCCCACCCCCGGGAAAAAAACAACCGGAAACGCGCUCGCUAACCGGCCGGCCGCGCGUCGGCCCGCCGACCCGUCUGCCCCGCAAGCUUUAGAGUGGCGUCGGAUCGCGUCGGCCCGCCCAACCGUUUCACCCCUCUGAACACCGCUGGGUUUACUGCCAAAAACCUGUCCCCUCAAUGUGCCAUUUUCAGGAGCCACUGCCACCCCCCCCCCCCCCCGCCCCCCU